AGUCAUUUUAAGUGUGUUUUUCCUUAAAAAUCCAAAACCUAAUUCCUUAUGUUUUUAAUGCCAAAUCUCUAAGACUCAUAGGUCCAUUUCAUUCUUUCAAAAUUUGCACUUUAAGUAGAAUGAAAUGCCCAAUAAGAAACCCCAUCACAAUAAAACCCAUCGGCAGCAUAAAGAAAAACAUGCCUCCAAGUCAAAAAUACACAAAAGGCCCAAGGAAGCUGUAGGCCAACCACCACCAGCAUUAUCCCCUAUCCAGGAAAUAUCCAAAGAAAAGUUAAGAAUCGAUAAACAUGCCUGUGGGGAUUUUGCCCAACCAAAGUUGGAAACUCCAGAGAAUCCUAGUAAAGAAAACCAGCCUGAUAUUGACGGGAUGAACAAUUUUUUUAGAGAACAAUACACCAAAAUAAGGCACCAAUCCCUGGAGAAACCGGAAACCAGUUUACUGGAUAAAUCCAAAACCAUCUUCAGAAAAGAGAAGUCUUUUAAUGACGCUCUUAAUAAUGACCUAAUCAGACAUGAAGUUCACCAUAAAAAAGAGAAAGAAGACCAGCCGAUAGACAAGAAAAAGAAGAAGCACCACCACCACCACCACCAUCAUCAUCAUAAAUCCAGAAAAAGUGAAAAGCAACCUGCUGAAGACAAGGUGAAAGAUAAGGAGGAAAAAAAGCGGCAUAAACACCAUCACAGAUCCAAAGAAAGCAAAUCACCCCUAUUAGAGAAUCCAUUGAACACUAGGGUGCAAGAAGUGGUUUUCUGUCAAUUGCCACGAAAUCCGUUUAAGUUAAAAAAUGACAAGGAUAUAUCUGAGAUUAAGGAUCUUUAUAAGCGAUCGAACAGGGAGAAGAAGAAGGAUCAGGUUAAGUCAAUGUCACGAGAGGAAGUGAGAAGGAAACACGAGAGGUCUAGCGAUAAGUAUCGCUCUCUUGAGCGUGAGCCUGAGAAGGAUAGGUCCAAAAAACGACACUCUGCUAACCGAAAAGAAGACUUCCUAAAAGAGGAAUAUAUAACAGAAGUAAGUGCUUUAUCUCCUAACGAAAACCAUAAAAAAAGAGAUCACUCUGAAAAAAAAGCACAUCGCCACAAUCAGGUUUCUCCAAAACCUACCAAAGAUGAUUGGCCAAAAGGUUUAAGUGAAAUAACUUUGGGACCAUAUGAGCAAUAUUUCGUGUUUGAGAAGGAAAUGCACAGUAAAAAUUGCAAAAAGCAUCAAAAGCCUGCUUUAAGACCCUCGAUUGAGAAACGACACGAGUUAUUCCACGAAGAGGCUAAAAAGCUUCAUGAACGUGCCCCAGAAAUCCCUAAAGAAACCCCGAAAGUAAUCGAAGAAGAUAAAAUCCAUCAGAUCGUAGAAGGGGAUAUGAAGAAUUACUUCGGUAAAAUCCAAGCGAUGAUAGAUACAAAGUUGGAUGCCAUAUUACAAGGAACCAAGAGACGUUCAGGAUCUACCACAGGGGAUAGCAAACCGGACAGCAGGAGAAGCAGCAGAACGAAACCGAAGGAGGACGAAGACAAAAAGAAGAAAUCGCGGCGCAGUAAAACCCGUAUGAAAGAAUCUGAAGUAAGAAAAGAGGAAAAACGAAAACGUCCCAAAUCUGUUACUAAAGAAGAAAUUGUUAAUGAAGUACUAAAACGAAUUCAAGAGCAACCGAAACAAACUUCUCCUGAGAGUCGAAAACUUAAAACAUCAUCAGAAUUAGGUGCAAAUGAGGCUAAGAGUCGGUCAAGCAAGAAGGUAACUGAAAAACCCACACUGGAUUUACCACUUGCCACUAAACCCAAAAGUCGUAGCCGACCUUCUUCUGAUAAGCAACCUUUAAUAAGAGAUGCACAUGAAAAUGAUCAUUUGAGGCACAAAAAAGAAAUUCGACAAUUUAAGGAGGACCAAGAUUGGGUUCGUCGCCUAAGAUUAGCCAAAAAAGAACUAAAACCUCGAGACUCCCUGGAAUGUAUCAGACAUAAAACUCCUCUUCCUUAUUCAAGAAAACAACGAAAAGAACCAUUUCGCUUCUCAGCUCCUCAACCGGAAGACGCAAGCUGCAGAAGCUUUUCUGAGCAAUACAUCAAUGAACAUACAUAUGGUCUUGUAUGCUCUGCAAGCGAAGAAACAAUUAGGGGUAAUAAGAAGUAUAAGCUAACAAAACAACCCUUAAGACAAACAGCUUCUCCUUGCCGCAAUAAAUCUACUAAAAACCUAUUUAAAAAAAAAUCCAGUGCUUUUCUAGAAGAGAUUUUUUUACCACCGGAGGCCUUUAGACCAGAAACACACGUUUUAUACAGAAACCCUCAGGACUUUAUAGUUCAAGGCAUCGAACCACCCAUGCAGGACUGUAUUAGGCCAAAAUCCCGUAAAAAACCACCAGCGGUUAGGAAACUUGAAUGUAAAACGGUAUCUAUAGUGGCAAUUCAGCCGCAGUUAAACAUAAAAGAAUUACCGGUGGUCACUCAGACUCAGACGAGCAGCAAAUCGGGCAAAUCCUCAGCCACUGAGAAGGAUUUGGUUCAGAAACGGAUGCAAUCGAAACGCUUUAAGUCGUAUUAUAAAUACUCAGAUAUGCAUGAUGAUUCUUCUGAGGCUAAGAGUAUUAUAAGUGAUAGUUGUAAAAUUGUUUCUGAUCCUUCUGAGGAGGUGUUCAGAAAGAGGCAGCACGGAGAGAACUGUCAAGUCCUGCCAGGAGGAGGAGGAAACAAGAAGUGGAACAGAGUGUCAACACCAAGAGACUCUCACUUGAACAACAUCCUGGAAGAACCGUCUAACGUGUGCAUCACGAACGAAGAGCAUGACUAUUUCGUUCCUUUAAAAGGAACAAGGGAGUUUUACCAUAGAGCACUAGCCAGUAGUCACUCGGACUAUUGUUUUAGAAUUGACAAAAAACCUGCACAUUCUAAAAUUAGUAUUCAGUCCGGAGAUUUGGAGGAUAUGCCGUAUAUUAGAUAUGGAAAAAAACAAAGGGGAUCAAUAAACCAAUUCAAAAGUUUUCCUCAGCACUUUGAAGCCCCAAACCCGAAAUCCAAAUCAGACGUAUUACUAAGGGACCACCAAGCAAAAGAAGUAAUAAGAUACAUAUUCCUAGACGAUAAAAAUAGUCACAUGAAAGGUUUAUUCAAACGAGAAUCGCUAUUCAAAACUCUUCUCAACGAAAAAGACUUUUGCCCGAAAAUAACCAAAGAGAUCCAAACUGUCCAGACCCGAGAAGCCGAAGUACUGGCAAAAGGAGUAAAAAGUGCCCAACAACAAAAACAAUUUGAGGAAAUUUACCGUACUAUCGACGACCUAGAGGGCAACAUCCUAAACUCCUUGGGGGUAAAAAAAGCUGACGCUGCCACCAGUGCCGCCAACCUUAGGGACCGAUCCAUAUCGAGACCGUCAAGUAAAGCAAAAGAACUAGAAAAGAAACCGAAAAUGGUGGAUCAUUGCACGGAGGCUGUGACAGAUAAGAAGCUGAACAGAGAAGAUAAAACCAAAGAUUUAACUUUAGAAAUUAAGCAUGUUAAGAUGGUUGAUGCUGCUACAGGCAAUUCACCUCCUUUAACACCUCGAUUGAACAGAGAUGAACAUACGAGCACCAAAGUUCAAAACGUGGUUAUAGCAAAUAAUGUAGACUCAUCACUGAAGAAGCAUCGAAAGGGCAGCGUAAAGUGUAAAAUACCCAAGCCCCAAUCAAAAGACCAUAGCCAUAGAUCUUUGUCAUUUAAAAAAUCUACUGGAGUAUCCCCAAUACGGGUCUUUGGCGAAGAAGAAGCUAUACAGGUGAAUUUAAGCUUGACCCCAAGAACCCUCAAGGCCCCACAGACAACCAAAAAGCUAUCAGAACAAAAGAAGUCUAAUUUGACUCCUGAACAGAGCCCCAAUAGAAUACCGAUCUCAAAACUCACCAAAACUCGCCCUAAAGAACCGAACUUUCCAGUUAGAAAGCAAAAACCUAAAGAACCUUGCUCACUUAAACCAGUAAAUAAAAUUCAACACGCGGUCCGUACCUUUAGGAGCAGAAACAUGGUACCAAUGAGUGGUAAUAACGCUUUAAAGCAUAAAUCUCCAGCUAGAUCAGCCAAUCGCGAACGCUCUCCCACACCCAAACGAACCGAAGAAACUUCAACAGAUAAAAACGUUUGCCAGCCUUGCAUUCAUGUGGCUGACUCCCCUAAAAGAGCUAAAGCUGAGCCAAAAACAUCCAUAGAACCCAUAAAUGAUCCGCUUAACAUUAACGUAACCGCUUACAAUUGUCAACCCACCCUCCAGAUCAACUUGGUGCAAGCCGAGGAAAGUCUUACGUCUUCUGUAAGUGAUGGCGUUCCAAGACAUAACCGUAGAAGCAAAUCACUUGUUGACUUACGCACACAAGAACUGGUCCUGGAAGGUUCAAAAUCCGAAAUAUUUUGCUGCACACAAGCAACUACUUGUAAUAGGACCAUGACCAACGGAAGCAGCCUUCUAAGCACCAAUAAUAUGGAGAAAUUCACUAACGUUCCAAUGUUCCGUUACCCAAGGACCAACAAGGAUAGAUUUACGGCAGCCAGGAUUUAUGGAAGCACCCUUUUUGUUACGAAAGACUAUAAAAACCAAGAUAUGAGCGCCUACGAGAGACGCAAGCGGUACGACCAAGAUAUCCGCAAGAAAAAGAAGAGAAUCGCCGACAAGCCUUUGGAUGUUAAACCCACGGGAGGCCCGCAGACUUUCGAGGUGCGAUUUUUGUCCAUGGAGGGCCCACAACAAAUUGAAACUGAUUCCCCUAUAAUUAAUAUUAGUUUAGGAGGGAAUGCAAUUUAUCAAUCUCAAGAUAUAAACAGCUACUCCAGACCUGAAGAGUUUGACAUAGAAAAGGAGCUAUUAGGAAUGUUGAAUGUGGGGGAACAAGACCUUUUGUUCGAUCAACAUCUAAAAGCUGACAAGUUACUAUCAUUGGUUCACAAUGAUGAAAAAAUCGUGACUCAGAUAUACCCUCCAGAAAACCUUGACAAACCAAGCAAUUUGCUUGCUGCGCAAAAAAGUAUUAAAAGGCAUAUGGGCUUUUGCUUGGAUGCCUUUUGUGACGACAGCACUGAGAGAAGCGAUUUUUCAAGCAGCAAUAACCUGCAUUUACCUGAUGACAUAAGUAGUUCUAAUAACAAUUCACUCCAGUCUGGUAACGGCUUUAAAACCUCCAUGGACUUAAUUAGUGCCGAAGCCUUAAAUUGCUUAUCAAAGUUGCCGAUCUUGACUCAACCGUUGAGUUGUCCUACUUUUCCAACUGGCUCACCCUCUUUCGCUUAUCUUUAUGAAGAGUCUGGCUCAGAAAUCAACGAUUCUUACAACAACCAAAAUACGCUCAAGGAUCUUGUAAAACCGUUCAAUCAACAAAGUUUUCGUUUUAACGCCAACCAGUACAACGUGGAGACUCCGUUUCACCAAAAGGACGAUAUAGAAAGCAGUUUUACUGAAUCGGUGGAAAGCGGUUAUGCCAGCGUCAAGUCUAGAAACUGUAAACCUCACUCUUUAACCAACUUUUUCAAAAGACCCAAUAUUGCUGCCUUACUAAAACCACCAAGUUCAAGUUUAAAGAGAACUUUUAGUGGACAUGGUGUGAGUAAACAGACAAAUUAUGACGAAAUGACGAAAAGGUGCCAACUUUAUGCUAAAAAAGUGAGAGAGAGCAGCGAGAUGAAGUUGAACGAUAACAAGGAGCAAUACCAAGAGAUUUCUUUGCAAAUGUUGCUAGGGAAGAGCAGCUCGAUUAUUUUAGAGAGGCAGACGUUGAGCUUUAAGUCAAUAGAUGACUCACCAAAUAGCAAGGAUUCUGAGAUAAAUGACACUGAAAAAGAUAUUGCGGAUGAUAAACAAGAAGUUGAUAAAACUGAAUCAUUUUCAAGUAAAGGGUGCAAACUAGUGCUCAGCAACCACAGUCUUAAACUUAAAAGUACAACUUACUUAGGGCCAGAGUUUUUCCCUACUAAACUGGUGGAUACAGGGAGUUUUAUGGCCCUGCAUAAGAAAACCUUAGAAUCCUCACAAGAUAUCAAUAAGUCUAACUUAAUUCUGGAUGAUGACUCAACAAACCCAUUUCUGACAAAAUCCGAAAGCGACGAUCUUUCCACCAAAAACUUUUUCUCACUGUUGGCGAAGAUAUUCGAAAAAGAGCUGGAAAUUUGCAAUAAGCUUUAUAAGGAUAAGGAGUUUAACGAGUUAUUAGCACAAACAAUUAGAAAGUGUAAAAAUGAAAGAAGAAAAACUGAGAGGUGCUUUGGGUUUUUUAAACGAAAACUAUCCGGAAAGCGAGAUGAAGAAAGUGCCCUUAAACUAAAGGUUAAACUGGAAGAAAAAGCCUCAGAACGUCUCCAGACCUUGGCAUCGAACACCAGAAAGUGUUUUACGAUGUUAGCGGAGGCGGUAGCAAUAAAUAAAAAUAUGGACAACAACGUGAUAAUUUGUGGACUUUUAAAGUUACUGGAACGUAUUGAAAAUGGACAGUUUGAAGUUGUACAGAACGAUGAUCAUUUAAACUUGGAAGAAGAAAUACGUUCUGAGAUUCUCGAAUCCUAUAAAAUUCUCUACGAAAUGUGCAAAAAAGAAGCGAAAAAGCACAAGAGACGACUUUCGGAUAACGACCUGGCACUUCUAAAGUCCUUUGUGAUCAAACAUAGGAUCGCUUUAUUAACUCAAACGGAUAUUAUCAUCUCGUAUAUCAGUCGUGGUCUUAUUUGUACGGAAAAUCAGCUUAAAGCUGCUGUGACGUUUCUGACCCGCUCCAUAUCAUCCGAUAUUAAUGUUAAGGACUUUGAGGCUUAUUGCCUUAGUCAAUAAAAGCAUCUCCUAUA